GCAACAAUGAUGCAUACAACUGCCCGCCUUGUCGUAAUCACAUUGCUCCUACCAUGGACUCUUGUCUUUGCCCAAGUUAAUGGCCAACAGAAGCCCACAGGCAUCGGUGUAGAAGGCCAACCCCAAUUUUCCUCGCAAACACUGCCGGAUCCGAGCACUUACCAGCAUUCAGUCUCUCUGGCGAAUGUCGGGAGUGGAAACUAUUCUAUGGCUUUUGCAUUGGAAAAUGGGGCGAAGAGCGUGAGGUUUUUGAUGAUGUUGAGCGGAGUACAAUUGAAUCGGGCAUGGAUGGGCAUUGGGUUUGGUUCCUCCAUGCUCUCCUCGGGAUUCAUUAUUACACAUCUACUCGCAAAUGGAAGCGUUGAAAUGCACGAGCACACUCAUAGAAAUCAAUAUGCUCCGCCAACCAGCCACGAGGAUCCUAAGAACUGGGUAAUGGAACCGCUGAACGGGGGAUACGUCAAUGGCAUAAUGUUCAGUGAAUUUCGUCGACCAGUCGAUCCGCCGCCGCCGGUCGAAUACCCGCACGUCACUUUGUCCUUCAUGAGUCCUCAGCAUAUGAUUUGGGCGUAUAAUCCAGCUUCGAAAAUAAACACAUUAGGGCAUUAUUUUACAUAUCACAUGCCCAAUGAUGAUAACGGAAAUGGCUUGCCCCACCUUCCUAACCAAACCCACGGCGCCCUCCUGGUAGACUACACCCGGGCGACCGUCGAACCCAUCCCUCUUAAUCCGUACCCUCCCAAAGUGGCUCACGGGUCACUCAUGUUCAUUGCAUGGCUCGUCAUACUGCCAAUGGGUGCCUUCAUCUCCCGAUAUCUCCGCUUCAUUCCGAAUUGGAUCUAUUUCCACCUCACCGCUCAGCUUCUCGGGGUCCUGAUCAUCAUAACAUCGUUCGUGGUCAUCCUGGCAACCUACAUUAAUUACAAUUAUCCCCAUGCAAUUCUGGGGACGACCAUGAUUGGGUUGCUGUGCUUACAGCUGUUACUGGGAUUAGGGAACCGGAAAAUGUUGCGAAGUGUCUUACCGUACUCCCCUCGUCGCCAGUUUAUACGCAUAUUCCAUCGAACGUUGGGGUACACUCUACUUCUCGCCGCGAUCGCACAAGUAGCUCUUGGAUUGCGCAUCCUCUUUCCCUUCGAAGAGCGGCGUGGGCUUGCAUUCUGGAUCGUGUACAUUAUCGUCGCAGGAUUGUGGAUCCUUUUGUUUCUUGGGACCGAAUUGUACCGCCGACUCUUUUUAUCCGUUAAGGAUAAGACUGUUCCAGCUCCGGAGGUGGAACAAGGGAACAAGUUCCUUGAAGCAGGAAAGCCCGUUCCGAAAGGGAUGACAGAAUUGGCAAAGGUGCAGGAUGAAAAAGUCUACCCUGAUUUACUUUCGUAUGAUUGGAGAUCUCUGGAUAAGGCCGUGUCGGAUGGGGCGAUCCUUGUAGUAGCGAACGGACGCUACGUCUACGACGCUUCCCAGUGGCUCCGCUCUCAUCCAGGUGGUCAGAUCAUCCUCUUGGCAGUCGCGGGAACCGAUAUAUCCAGUGAUUAUUUUCAUGAAGCCGGAUACGAUGCAGCGGAAUUUACCCCACCUCGUCGCAUACCAUUACAAAGGGCAGAACGACAAGAUGUGACGACUCUGCACGAAAGUAUCCCGUCCACCACGCCUUCCAAUCUCGCUCCUGAUAGUUUGACGUCAAUGAGCGGUACAACAGAGUUCAUGGAGACAUCACACUACUUGACUGAGGAGGACUGGUCCAAAAUCGUACGAGCACGUCGAACGCAUGUGCAUACAAAAGUCGCUAUCAUGCGCUUGUCGAAUUUGCUAGUGGGGGAGUUACAUCCUUCUCAUAAACGGUGGCAGAAGGCGUUGAACCAGGGGAGCGAGCCUACCCUUGUAAAUCAAGAUGUUGGGGAUGGCAAUGACGAUGCACAAAACAGAUUAUUCGAUCCAGAGGAGUAUCGUCGGUAUGCUUUAACAUCAAAGACACUCGUCAACCCCAACACUCCUGGCCACCCAAUCUUCCGCCUGAGAUUCUGUCUUUUGUAUCCUUACGAGCGCAGACAAGGCGAGCCAGAAAUUAUCUAUCCUGGGCAAGCAAUGGAGAUUCAGAUUCGCCCACAUGCCGAUCGAAUCCCUUUAUCGAGGUACUAUUCGCCUGUUCAUGGAAAUAUGAUGGCUCUUGAAGUCUUGGUAAAAAUGUACCCUGGGGACGGAGUAUCCGGAUAUUUGGGAAAACAGCGACUUGGGGAAAGACAGUUCAAGAUUCGCGGCCCGCUUGGGGAUCCAUUGGUUGGGCCGGAACGCCCGCUGGGGUUUGGCGGGACUGGGGCGGAUUGGGUGCCGGAAGAUAUGCUAUUCGUGUCGGCGGGAACAGGUAUAACCCCGUUCCUUCAACUUCUUCAAUAUCUCUUCCUACCCACAUCCGUUCCCCUCCUUGCAAAUGGUGACUACACCCCCGCAAUGUCCGAUGAAAUUGCUCUUCACGAGGGGGACACUAUCGUAGUGCAACAUCAUUAUCUGGACGGAUGGGCUCUAGGACGGAACAUAACCACGGGCGAAGAAGGAGCAUUUCCUCUCCCAAAAACGCAUCCCCGCACCUCAACGAAAUUAACGUUACUCAACGCUGUGCAUGCCCCACAAGACAUUAUUGGAACAGACCUCAUCGAUGCGGUUCUUCUAUCUUACCCUCGGCACCUUCAAGUUCACCACGUUAUAUCAUUGCGCGAGGGUAGUGUGGAGAAUGUCAGCGGAUUCGUAUACAGGGGGCAUGUAUGUGAGGCUGUCUUGGCACAGGCUGUUUCGAAUGAAAGCAUGGGGGAUGAGGAAAAUGAGAGAAGGUCUGGGAGGCAUGCAGUCGUGUGUGGACCGCCGCAAUUUAACUCGGCGAUGGUGGAUCAGCUCAUUUACAAGUUUGGAUACCAAAGCACCGAUGUCACCAUGCUGACCAGCGAUUCGCCGUAUUGGUAUCAUCAUCUUGAAACUUGUAAUGGGUGAGCACUGUCCUUGGAACUGUCGAUGUUGGCAUCUCUUUUGCGAUCUUGGUGACGCGGGCUUGGGACAUUCUCAGCACCCCUAUGUAUAUUUUUGCUUUUGUCUACGCCUCAUGUACAUACUGUAAACAGGUUCUGACCAUGUUGGUAAAUUGCAAUUAGGAGAUUUACUGGCAGCUUUCUCU